CCAGCGUGCCGAUCGAACUUUCGCAACCCAACCCGCCAAGGCACUCCCUGCCCCUCCACCCCGACCCCCCCUGAGGGGGGACCAGCACAUGGAAACUCGCUCGCUCGACCGUGACACGGGAUCUCGGAUCAAUCGCCUCGCCUCCCCCCCCUCGUCCUCCUCGCCCCUCUCACCACGUCGCGACCUGAACUCUGAAGUCGGUCGCGAACAGUCUGCGAAUGGGUAUGCAUGUAUGUUUGGGUGAUGCAGGCCGCAAAGCACGGACACCCAGGAAGCGACAGAAUCGAUAAAUUCGCUACCGAUCGUUGUCGAGUGCAGCUGCGGGCCUGCGGCUGGCUGGCUGGAGAAGUCUCAACGCAUACCACUCUACAUAGCAUAGCAACAUUCGACAUUCGACAUUCGUUCGGAUUGUCCAAUCGAGACUCGAGAGGAUGUUGGUUUCCAACCGCUCGGGCUUGGGUUGGUUCGCUGCAAGUCGGUGUGGGGUGGGGAGGGGGGAGGAGCGAUCUUGCUGGCUGUGACGUCGUCAUCCAGGGUCCUCCUCCUCAACUGCAGAAUUCUUUUUUUUUCUUUCUUCUUUUUUUCUUUUUUCUUUUCUUUCCCUUGCUGUAUACAAAUCAUGCAGCGAUACUCGAGAUUCAGACAACCAGGGAUGUCAUGACGAUUUUCCUGUUCUCGUACGCUUCUCGAGCGUAACGAGUGUCGCGAUCGCUUCCCGCAACUACUCAAUCAAGACUUCGGAGGCAGGGACCGAGCCCGGGCGGUGUGGAGAAAGGAAAUACCGGAUUGGCUUGCAGCGAAAAUCAGCCCUGAGGACCGUUAGUUGAGGAAAAAUAUACACAAAAUCUUCG